AUGGGAACGGCGUACGCAGACGACAUCAUCCAGAAGCUGCAAGAAUUUCAGAGGUCGGCCCACGUGUUGCUUGACAAUGUAUCGUCGGGCCUCUACACAGACUACUCAGCAGAUGACUUCACAAAGGAGCGAGAUGCGUUGGAGGCGACGCUAGCCGACCUCGAGCAGCAACUCAAAGCCGGCCUGCUCUACGCGCUCGAGGAUAGUCCCGCUCCAGACACACCGGUGCCCAAUCUCCAGGAAAGCUUGCUCAAGAUCGACACAGAGAUCAAGGAGGCCCACAACGUGCAUCAGAAGUUGAUCAAGAACACCAAGACAGCCGCCAGCCGAUUUCAUGCGGGUGAGUAA